GAUAUCGAUGAAUGCAGCAACGGUAGCCAUGAUUGCCACCAAAAUGCAACUUGCAUAAAUACCGCUGGACACUUUAAUUGCAGCUGUCAGCCAGGAUUCACGGGAGAUGGUCACCAGUGUUAUGGUAUGACUCACUUCUAGAAGGAGGUGCACUUAAAUUUGGAAUCGGUAAUAAAUCGUAAAACCGGCGGCCAGCGCGAUGAAUGCAAACAAAGCCAAUGAGCCACAAUCGCCAUAAACAUAUGUCUUGUAUUUAUACUCAGCUGGAAAGAAAUUCGUAUAAGGCCACAAGUUACACUGUCAUGAUAACAAUAAUAUUUUACUUUUUUAUAUUGGAUCGGGAAUCUAAUUCUUUAGUCUUUGUGAUUUUUUGUCCCAUCCCAAAUAAAUGUCUCGUAGCAAUAGCAGCCUUGCUUGCCACCAGCAAGGAAUUUGUGUUAAUAUUGCUAGGCACCUGUCUCCCGAAAAGGCCGUCAGUGACGUUUCGUAAUUUGCUUCUUCCUUAGUUAGAAAAUAACUUUACUUGAACUUCGAGCAAUUGCUUUUGCUUUAUGGUCUGAAUAUAUACGACAGAGUGGAUCGAUGUUCGAUGUUCAAGGCUCCAAAGUCAUCACCAUGACUUCUAGUUUGGCUCAAAAUAUGGCGUAAUUCAUGCAAAAUUAUUGCCGAUUGAAGGAACAAUCAAUCAUUCGAGUGGUCAAGUAGCUCACACUUGCAUUGAAUCUGAUUGAAUACAGGGAAGUUCGAUGUAUAGCAAAUCGGCCAUACAAUAAAACAAAAACAAAAACAAACAUUUCUUGUACCUCAAAGAGCGCUUGAAAAUUCAUAUUUUGGGUCGUCGAGUCUGUGAUCUGAGACCAUCUAGAAGCUAACAGUGAAACUCCAAACUGCCGCGCGGCCAUAUUUGUUUUUCUUAUCCACCAAUGAUUGUCGGUAUAUAAGCUAGCUCCAGGUCUCCUCGUUUCAAAGAAGAAGCCUUGAAUAUAUUUAUUUUCCCGCGCGAAAAUUGCACAAUUAAAACACAAUAAUCAUCAAAUGUUGAAACACUAGACUGAAACUGAGGGUUUAACUUUUCCCCAAGUCUACUUCUCUCCUUCCCCAAUGUUGAGAUUCGGGUAUGUUUAUAAAUGGGUGCAUGAAUCAACAUUGGGGAGGGCGUAACGAGUCGUAACGUGACAAGUGUUUCAACAAAUGUGACGAGUAUUGAACAUCAUGCAGUCAGCAAUGAACAGUUUCUCUUUCAAGUGCAAGAAAUAUCUCUUUUAUUCAAUAGAUAGUAUGCGUACAUCAAGUACAUCAUUCCUCUCUGAAAUUAAUGCGAGCAUGAUGCAUGGAUUACGAACGAUUUUUAUAACGCGAAUAGGACUCUGAUUUUCUACAUUCGUCCAAACGUCAAAAUGCCACUUGGCCUUAAAGCCGCCAAGGGUUUUGAACGAAGGUCGGCAGUUCUUAAGCUCUUCGAGACUUAGGGAACUUGUCUCCUCCAUUUCCUUGAAAUUAGCAUGUUGGGUAGUGAAGUCUAAUUAUCAGAGUUUAUUUAAUACAGGAUUGUAACUGAACAAUAGAAAUGACCAUUUCAGCCACUUUUUGGUUGUCCCUCCGAAAAAAAGAAAGAAAAAAAAAACACCGUAAAUUUACAAAGGUUAGAAAUGAGCAUUAAGAGAGUCGCCUGAAAGAAGCAUGACGUCAGGAUUUUCAGAAUUUGUAAAGUACGGGAUUCGUUGGGAUCUUUCUGGACUGCGAGCAGUCUCUCUUCUGCUCGAAAAUCUGUAAGAGCGCGUGCGCAAUUGCACACUCGUAUUAUCGCGCCCGUUCUCACAGAUUUUCGAGCAAAAGAGACUGCUAGCGAUUUUUAAAGAUCUUUCAAGAGAGCAAUAUAAAAAGCGUGUCGUUUUGCUAAAAAUCAGUCCUUUCGUGCAAAUAAUUAUGUUCUAAGGCAAAUUUAUAAGAAUAUGUUUAUUUGGUCAAAUAUAUUUAAAUUCACGAAGAAAAGUAUCCGCGCUUUGUAGUCGUCAAAUUCAAUUUUGGAAGGAAGGACCAACGUUACAAAAAAGAAGGACCAGAUUCAGCUAUAAGUUGAAAUAUUAACAAAAGAAGCAUAGCUGAUUUUGCAGUAAGGAAAUAUAUUGUUUUGUUACCAAUAUUUCAAAAGACACGGCCCUCCUUCUCCAGGGUCUUCUCAUACAAACACAAUUAUAAGUUUAAGCUAAGACGUUACAAUUUGAAAUAAAGGAUAGCGUGCAAUAUGAUACUAUGAUAAACACGUAAAAAUUUAAAUAAAAAAAGUGAACGUUGAAAGUAUACGAAAACAAGAACCGUUGAAGUUUGAAAUGUAAAAAUAGUGAAAAAUUUUAACUAUUUUACAUUUCAAACUUAAUAGUAAUAGUAAAUUCGAAAUGUAAAAAAUAGUAUUAAGAAAAUAAAUACAAGUGGAAGAAAUAAGGAAUUUAUUACAUUUCAUCUUUCUUAUUAAUACUUAAGGAUUCAAGAGUUUUGCCUCUCUCGGUGAGGCAUGCUUUGCUAGCUUUUCGCUCACUUCAAGCUUGUCCAGCAAAUCGUAUUACAUACGGUUUAGUACCAGAACAAAUUGUAACAGAAAAAAUACAACUGAGAUUUUUAAACGGUGGCAGGUCUCGCCAAUUAAACCGCAUUUCAACAUUUUCUGUCGGAAUACUGGAUCCCUGAUCCCCUCGAAACACUAUUGAUCCCAAUCCCGCGGCUUGUGACCUGAAGAUCCCAGGCCUGUGUUCCCUGAUCCCGCCCAAUUUUUGGCCUUUGAUCCCUGAACUCAUAUAGCUUGUUACGUUACACUCAGGGACGCUUUCUUCGUGAAUUUAGAUAUGUUUGACCGAACACUUUCUCUUUGCCUCAGAUCAUGAAACGUUAUAGUAGAAGGAUUUGUAUGGGUGAUUUUGUAAGGGCGUAAUAAUCAUUGUAAUAAUACUAAUAUAUCUCAUCUUAUUUGCACGAACAGACCGAUUUUUAGAAAGUUCUUAGACACCAGUUCCUCCUCCAGAGCCUACCGAAAUUAUCUGGGCUAUAAUAUUUUAAGUGAUUUCAAAUUGCCCGAUCUUGCAAAUAAUGUUAGAAAAUUAGACCGCAACAGUACCAUUUUGCACCCUUCUAUGCAUCCAGAUACAUAGUUUCACGCAAUUUAUUUGAAAAUACAACUUAACUUCCAUACGAUCCAACUUUUCUCUCCUUAUAUCAUUUUGUCUGUGUGUGUGUACCCAUUACGAGUAAAUAACACCGACAAAACAGUGCCCGCUUCAUUGCAACAAGACGACAAAGGCCGCCAAUUUCGACUUCAAAUGAUCAUUUUACUCGAAGGGACUAUGGGCCAUUCUUAAGACCAACACCUUUUUGACCGAGAGGGGUUAAUGUCGCAAACAAAAUGUUUUAACUGGACAAAUGAAAAAUAAAAUGUUUUUGUUUCUUCUCGUCAGGCGGCCAGUGAUAAUUGCAGGCACCUAUGAUGUCGCAAUAGUGUGCAAAGUAGACAUUGCCCAGUGCAAGACAAGGGUACGGAUGGUUCGUCCGUGAAGUAGGGCUUUUCUUCACAUCUCUGCCUAAGAAUUAACAAAUAGUUUUCGCCACUCUGAGAAUAAAUCGCCUUUAUUAUUAUUAUAAUUAUUAUUAUUAUCAUUAUUAUUUUUGUUAUUAUUAUUAUUAUUAUUAUUAUUAUUAUUAUUAUUAUUAUUAUUAUUUCUGCUGAAUAACGUUCAUUGCAUUCGAUCGCGGAUUACGAUAAUACAUUCAUAGACAUAAAAGUCCUUGAUAUUCUACAACAGGACACUCUUAAUAAUAAUCAGUAAUAAGCCGAGAGUGGAAACGAUUUCUCUUGGUUUCUUGGUUUAGACAGACAAUUCCAGGAUUUUUACAAGUCCGUUGUCAUUUGAGUCACCUCCACUCAUCCCUGAACAAUUCGAGCCACUACAGUAAGAGCCCCCUCCCCCGCCUGCUUGGUUUGGUUGUGUGCCACUACCUCCCCCAGAGUAUCCACCACCUCCUCCUGAUGCACCAUUAUCCUCGGCUCCCCCUCCGCCACCGCCACCGCCUAACCCUCCUACGGCCCCAGGGGGAGGCCCUCCGUUGUAGCCACUAUUCAUUCUUCCAGCACGUCCACCUAACCUACCCAGCCCUGAGCACGUGAGCCGCCUCUUUCACCGUGUCAGGACCCGGCCCUGGAACAACCUUGAUCUAACCAUCCGGCACCCACUCCCCCAUGGUAACUAGCGCCUGCAGUGUUACACUGACCAGGAUUCCCUCCAGUUCCUCCGCUACGAACAUAACCUGGAACGCUUCCAACGCUACUGGUGCCGCUAGUACCAGCCUGACCAUCCACCCCGUUAUACCCGCUAGAUGCACCCCCUCCUCCUCCGGCAGCUAACAAAAGCACGUUACUUGUUGUGUAAACAAAGCUCCCUCCGCCUCCCCCAGUUCCAGCAUUGUCCUCUACGGACAGUCCCAGCUGAGCUGCUGUCAAGGUAGUGGACUGUCCUCCUUCUACCUCCACUGAAUCUCCUCCUCUUUGUCCCACCACAAUAUUCAGUACAGUUCCUUUAUUCAAGGUAAACGUGCCCUCUUUGUAUGCACCUUUUCCACCGUAGUAAGUUCCGCGAUAAUCACCAUAGUUUGUGGAGUGCGUUCCUCCCCGAGCUCCCCAGGCUCUGAUUCGAUAGCGAGUGGUUUUUGGCACUGUGAAAGUCUGAAUGCUGCCGGAACGACCUUGUCCAUUCGUUGUAAACGACCGAGGAGCUGAUAAUGACAAUGUAUUGAAUUUAAUAUCAUACAUGAAAACAUUUAUUGAAUCUGAUUGACUAAGAGCAGUGCAUUUUUUAGUAACCUGAAAACACAGAGCGAAAACGAGGAAACAUAAUGCAUAAAGAAGGAAAUAUAAUGCACAUUUCUUGGAGAAUGGAAAACUGAGAUGGCUAAUAAAAAAUAGAAAUAUAUAAGAAACAAUCAGGUGCCUCAAUCUACUGGUAUCCAAAGCUUCCAAACAAAGCCAGGGAAGUAAUUUUGUUUUCAUGUGUGUUACUAAAAAGUAAUCAUACGACUUUUCUCAUUCAAUUUAGAAUUUAUUUGCACUCGUGUGUUUUUCAAAAUGCUCAAAUUGCAUUCGUCCUACGGGCUCAUGCACUGAGUUUUGAUACUUUUUGAAAAACACAUUCAUGCAAAUAAAUUCCAAAUUGAACUCGAAGUCCUGUGAUUACCUAUACUAAUAUUUGCGGUCUAAAUUGUAUUUAAAAUAAUUAAAAAGUAAUAUCAAAACCCAUCAGAUGAUAAUCAGUUAGGGUGAUAAUCAGAACUGAAGUGAGGGCUUCAUUGUGGCAGACGAAACUUAAUGGCCGGUGGCUGUUUGCCAGGGGCGGAUCCAGGAUUUUUUUUAGGAGGGGGUGCACUCGUCCCUUGCUGUAAUUCAACACCAAUAAACCACAUAGUUUAUUUUUUUUGCAGAAUACCAGUUGUAUUAGAAAACAGCAGGUCAUGUCAGGGGGGGUGCGCACCCCCUGCACCCUCCCCCUAGAUCCGCCCCUGUUUGCGAUCCUAGAAAGUACAAUUACACAGGCUGACCACGAGUUAGUUAACAGCGGUGAGGCUUAACCUUAAUUAUCACCUAAGCGUAAAUGCAAGCGUAAUCAGGGAACGUAGUCUCCAAGUAAUAUUGGAAUUCAGGUCUUCUAAAUUGACUGGAAAUGCAUCCAAGAAUGGCUCGGCUGCUAUAUUUACUAGGCGGAGAGGUGCAUCGUUUCCAAAAUAUUUGCGUUGAAGGACUUAACUGCGGGCUUUACUUAUUUAUUUAUUUUUUGCUUUCUGCGACCGAGGGGGCCUUCGGAGGCCUCCCUCCAUAACUUCAAUCCGUUCAUGAUAGGCAACUAAAAAUUACACAGAAUAAUGUACCAGGAGCCUGUGGUAAUGUACUCACCAUUUCUAACAUCGAGGCAUAAUUUGAUUGACACGGUGACGUAAUCUGACGUCAUUAUGACGCCAUAUUGUUAAGUUUUUUUUGCAGAGGUCAAAUUCCACCAUUUUUUCCCCUCAAAGCGAAAAAUACUUAAAUUGAAAGGUGUCUAAGAAAAAAAAGUUGGCUGCACAAUUUUUAUUCCGCUUUCAGUGAAAUCACGAUGACGUCAUUUAUUACAAACAAAGAUCUGGAACCAUCGGCCAUCUUGGGUCCGCUAUUUAUUAAUCAAUUAAUUAGAUGAAUACCCAUAAAUUUUUUGUUUGUAACCACGUGACAAGGAAUUUUUCUCGAGGAAUUUGCAUGAGAAGGGUGAUUAGUUCCCAGAGGAGAAAAAUGUUUUUGUUGUCGACCACUUACAUGGCAGCCUUGACGUCACGUGCAGACCAGCAAUAAGAGAAUUAUACGGUAAAAAAUUCUCCGUUGCACCUGGUUACAGGUAGAUUUGUGUUUAUUUUGGGUCUAAAUACGCUACUGAAUCAGUCGAUACAAAUAGCUUAUUGCUGUUCAAUUUAAUAAUAUCACGCAGACAUAGAUGAGUGUUCAACUGGAAGUCAUGAUUGCGACAGUGAUGAGAGAGCAACCUGUACAAAUACUGUUGGUUCAUAUUUGUGUUCAUGCAGAGACGGUUAUGAAGGAGAUGGAAGGAAUUGCAGUGUUCCCUCACCAGGUAAACAAGGCCGAGAAAUGCAGAAUUAAAGGGGCUGUGUCAUGCUAUUUGCUGACCUUUUAACAAUGUUAAAAGGUGUCUUCGCAUCAAUUGAUUUCCAAAAAUAAUUGCCCUGGUUUGCUAUUUAAGAGUAUAUUUAGGCACUGAAACUGUUCCUCGUCGUCUGUUUUUAUGGAUGGCAAGGAUGGACCUGGAUUAAACAUUGAAAAAAAUGAGCCAACUUGUAAGGUGCAAAUCCACUCAUAAACUGGCGUUAACACUUUCAAGAUUUGGACAAAACAAACCAGUCCGUACAAACAAGGAUAUAUAUACGUUGUCAAGCGUUAAAACGUCGUUACUUCGUGUGAAUCGCUCCAAUAUGAUAUAUCGAGUGACUUCGUUCAACAAGAAAACUUAUCACGUGAUCUUAAAGGGCGGGAAAGGAGAAAACAGGGAACCCAGCCGCAACACAACUAUUUCAAGUUUUAAAUGCUAUGCUUGUACAAAUCACCAUAAAAUUACUAUGGUCAGUUUUCCCUGAUAAAAUUUGUUUGUCAAUGAUAUCUUCUUCACUAAAUAACUACCCCACAGGAGCAUCAGGAGCAUUUUGUGUAAGGUACUAAGUGAUGAACUUUAGCACAGAAUUGACCUAAAACAGCAAAAUCCUCGAGACUUAUUAGUAAACAAGCUGCCUAUGAGAAUCAUGUGUGCAAAUACAGAUAUAUUAAUCUUAUCUUACUUGGUCCCCACUGCCUUAAUUCAAAAUGCCCUCUAUACUAGCACUAAUAUAGAUGUUACUAACAAUUCAGAUAAGGAAACUAGUUUGGAAACUAAACAUGUUUCCACGCUAAUUGGUAGAAAAAGUGAAAUCUAAACAUUUUGCUGAUUAUUAGUGCGAAAACUUGGUUACGAAAAACUGCAGUGUUUAAUUUACUCAAUAUAUGGCUUAACCUUGUCAUCAGUCCUGAGGUCCGACCUGUUUCCUGACCUGACAGAACUUUCGAGAUGGCGAACAGGAAGAUCGCCAUGUGAAAUUUUAUUCAAAGUCCAUGCAGUUGAAUUAGAAUUGAUAGUAUUAAUAUUUUUUUCGAUAUUUCUACCACGUUACUGAAAUUAUGGCUCUUUGAUUAUAACCUAGAAUGUCAAACCUACCAGACAUUAACCUCAUCUAAGAGGAAAGCGACAUGGUCCAGUAGCUCUGUGGAAUGUGACAGUUCAAAAUCUGGUUGGUACCGUUUUACUGAAGGAGCGGGAAGGAAAAUGCCAACAACGUGUGUUCCCAUGAAUAGAUGCAACACGCAUGCCACUGGUUGGUUAAAUGGAAAUCACCCCACUGUGGCAGACGGACAAGUCACCAGGCAAGUCUGCUUUCACUGGAGCUCAAACUGCUGUUAUUGGUCCACCAACAUUCAAGUACGGAACUGUGGGGAGUACUUCGUUUACUUGCUGAGUGGAACACCA